AUGGCUGGCAGUGAGUGUCACGGGACCGUCAUGGCUGACGGGCGGUCGCAGGCCCCCUCGACGCUCGAGUCGGUGACGGGCGAGAUGCUGCAGAAUAUGAUGGACGACAUGCGCCGCGCGAUGGACAGGGAACGACAGCAGAGCGACAAACGCAUCAAAGAACUCGAGAGCCAACGCGACGAAUACAAAAGAGAGAGGGAUGAGUGGAAACGCCGAUGUGAAGAGGUACACACGGAUACAUCAGCCAUGAGGCAGAGAGAAACACAUCAACACGAUGUCUGCGUUUGUCUGCAGGCCGAGGCGAAGCUGAAGGCCUUCGAGCAGGAGCCGACAUUGGCGAGUCUUCAUUGGGAGGGCGGCAUGUACCACGGGAAUGUCCGCAACAAGAUGCCCCACGGCGAGGGCACUCUGCGCACACUCGACGGCCAGACCUCACUCUACGAGGGCCAAUGGGCGGACGGCAAGAGACACGGCAAAGGCAAAGAAUACGCCCCGUGCCAGGUGUACGACCAGCAAGGCGGCCAAAUGGGGACCAAGAUCUGUCUCGUGUACGAGGGCGAUUGGCAAGUCGGCAAGCGAGAGGGACAGGGCAGCGAAUGUCAGGCCAUCGACGGGCGAAUGGCGAAGGCGUAUGAGGGCGGGUGGAAAAACAACAAGCGGCACGGUCAUGGGACAGAGCUCAGCCAUGAUGGCGAGCUGAUGUACGAGGGCGAGUGGGCCAACGGAGAGAAGACCAACAGAGGGAAGGCAAAGGCGGGCUUCAUGCAGCUCAAAGACGACUACGGACAGUGGCUGGGCUACUACUAUCACGGCGAGACACAAGACGGCCAGCCGAAUGGGGAGGGGGAACUGCGAGACGGCCGCAGCAAUGUCAUCUACAAGGGCGAGUGGAAGGACGGCAAGCGGCACGGCAGAGGCAACGAGUACGCGCCAUGCCAAGUGCUCAACCAGCAACGCAGCCAAUACGAGACCAAGAUCUGUGUCGUGUAUGAGGGCGAUUUCGUGGACGGCAAGCAACACGGUGAGGGCGAGGAGCUCACUGCCGCCAAGGUGACCUACAAAGGCGUGUGGGUCAAUGGAGUGAAGAAGGGAGACGGCGUCGCGACGGGCAUGCCGUGGGAAGAGUAUUACUACCACGGCCCCGGACACAGCUACUAUCACGGCGAGACACAAGACGGCAAGCCAGACGGCAAGGGGGAACUGCGAGACACCAGCAAUCGUGUCGUCUACAAGGGCGAGUGGAAGAACGGCAAACCGCACUGUCGUGGGACAGAAUUCCGCCAUGAUGGCGAGCUGAUGUAUGAGGGCGAGUGGGCAAACGGAACCAAGACCAACAGAGGGGAGGGAAAGGUGGGCGACAUGGAGCUCAAAGACGACAACGGACAGCAUUUGGGCUAUUACUUCGGCGAGACACGAGACGAGCAGCCAAAUGGAGAGGGGGAGUUGCGAUACCGCAGCAGCGUCGUCUACAAGGGCACUUGGAAGAACGGCAAGCGGCACGGCCAGGGAAAGGCCUACUACACCAUCGGUUAUGGUCCUGUCUUGUGGCUCGAUGGCGAAUGGACAGAGAAUAAGGCCCAGAACGGCACGCUCUUCCCUGACGGCACCUAUGGGGGAGAAAACCAUGACGGCAGCCCUAUGUAUCCCACCAAGCCUAUUCGCUGGGAGGCGGGGCAGAAGCUAGACGAUUGGGAUUUGGGGGCGGAUGCAACUUGCACGGGUGGCUGCGGGAGCUGCGUUUGUCGGCGUUUUUCCCUCCUGGUGCCCUGUGAUUGGGAGUGUGUCUCUCGUGGCUGGCUGGCUGUGUUAUCUGUGUUAUGUGUCUGGGGGUCUAUGUGUAUCUCAUGUGUCUGGGAGGAGAGGAGGCUGCUAUUCCGCUUUCUCGUUUUCCUGGUGGUUGUUCGGCUGCCGUUUGA